AUGGCAGAAGGGCAACAGCUCGUACUGGACAUAGCGAGGAAUUUCUCGUCCUCGUAUUUCGAGUCGUUGACUCUCAAUGCUCCUUUUGAUGGGAUCGUGUCACCGUUGAGUUUCUUCAUUCCCUUGUCGAUGUUGUCUUUUGGAGCACGAGGCAAAACUAGGCGAAUAUUUUUGGACGCUCUUGGACUUCCGAAAAACAAAACCCAUUUGGCUGCAUUUGGUUAUGAGGAUUUUUUGGAUAAUUUGAAUGAAUAUGACGUACACGUAAAAACGAAGAUAUUCGUACCGAGUGACGUCACAUUGAAACCCAAUUUCGUUAAUACAAGCACAGAAAUCUUCAAUGCAGAAAUUGAAACUGUUAAUGUCACCAAUGGGUUGAUGGACACUGGAAAAAUGAACGAAUGGAUCGCUGCUCAAACGAACAACAAUGUCACGGAACUGAUCAAACUUGAAGAAAUAAGUCGUAAUUUGAGUAUCGUUCUCGCUAACACUGUCUACUUCAGGGGAACUUGGCAACAGAAAUUCUUGAGUUCUGAGACUGGCCCACGUCCUUUUCAUCCGGUCAAUGGACAACCUUUCCCAGUGCUAACUAUGGUGGCAGAAGGUCGUUUUCGACAGGGCCGGAUUGAUGAAUUCAACUGUAGUUUUCUCGAAAUACCCUACAAGAGCAGUAGUGCGAACAAUGCCAUGAGCAUGUUCGUAUUACUUCCGGACAAGGGCCAAUAUCUUGAAUGGUCGCUUUUAGUGCAGUUUUUCGCCCCGGCAGUGACGAGAGAAGAUCAAACGAAAAAAUAUCCUAAAACAGCCGAUUUCUCCGGAAUUUUCGAGUCAUCUGGAAAACUCAAUAUCAAUGGUGAAAGCUUGAUGAAGAUCGUCAUCGAAAUUGAUGAGGAAGGCCAACGAACUGCUGAAUCAAGUGGUCAGUUGAAACAUAAAUUACUCGCAGAUUUUCGAAAACUUUUACGAAAAAUAAUAAGACUAUUGGUCAUUGAGUUUUAA